AUGUGUAUCUGGUCUCUUCGAGGUGGGCCAAGUUUCUAUCACAUAUUGAAACAGGUUGGUGAUAUAAAAACACAACCACAAUCUGUGUCCAAGGAUUCACUCGAUAUACCAGUCGUCUGGUUUACCAUAGCUCACCACGUCCAAUGUCACAGACCCACCCGCAGUGAUGAAUCCGCCAGUGUGCAACGAGCGCUUCAGACAUCGUUACUGAAGAUAGGCAUGUGCACACAGCUCAAUGCACAACUUCCUCCUGACUGUACAUUUGUGCUGGCCAUCGACCCGCCCAUCGGCUCAGUCCAUCCAGCGCUUAUGAAGUCAGCCCACAAGACACCCGAGUGGCUGUACACCCACCACGCAGACCAGCGAAUGAUUCCACUGAUUGACAAAGGCGCUGAGCUGCUCGUGGGCGAGAGUCACCAGAUCCAAAUGUGGUUCACAGUUCCA